UGUCUCUUCAGGCUGUGGUGGAGUGCCUGGUGUGGUGUGGACAGAGUCUUGCAUGCCUCGAUACUUCAGUUGUCUUCAACAGUAUUCGUUACCAUCUGUGUGACAGAACAAUUUCGCAGUAUGGCGUUAAACCUCACCAUCAACGCAAACAACCCUCCUUUAGGGGCGCUUCUGGCAGCAGAACAUGUGAGGAGCAGUGUGCAGGUAUCAGUGGAAGAAGGCAAAGAUACCCGGCUUCACAUCUCAGACUCGAUCCAGUUUAACGAUGGUAACUCUAUCAGCCGCUACUUGGCUCGGGUGGCUCCUGCUCUUGGCCUCUAUGGAGCCAACACAAUGGAACAGACCGAGGUUGACCACUGGCUGGAGUUCAGCGCUCAGCGUCUGUGUGAUCAGCCCGGCUUGACUGGGGCACUUGGGGAACUGGACAAGGUCCUGUCCCUGCGGACCUUCCUGGUUGGACAUGCCCUCACCCUGGCUGACCUGUCUGUCUGGGCUGCCCUCAAAGGUCAUGUGGAGUGGCCAAGCCAGGGUAAAUCCUUCCCCCAUGUCAAUCGCUGGUUCUCCUUCCUGAGCUCACAGGUUCCCUUUACUGCUGUGGGUAACAAGUAUGCCAGUAAGAAGGCUCCUAUGAGCAAAUCCAAUUCUGACGAGAAGAAGCAGGAUGUCGGAAAGUUUGUGGAUUUGCCAGGAGCUGAGAUGGGCAAGGUGGUGGUUCGAUUCCCUCCUGAGGCCAGCGGAUAUCUGCACAUUGGCCACGCCAAGGCUGCCCUGCUCAACCAACACUAUCAGGUCACAUUUAAAGGGAAGCUCAUCAUGCGCUUUGAUGACACAAACCCCGAGAAAGAGAAGGAAGAUUUUGAGAAGGUGAUCCUUGAAGAUGUUUCCAUGCUCCAGAUCCAUCCAGACCAGUUUACCUAUACCAGCGACCACUUUCCAACCAUAAUGCGAUAUGCAGAGCAGCUGCUUGCUGAGGGAAAGGCCUACAUCGACAACACGCCACCAGAACAGAUGAAGCAGGAGCGGGAACAGCGCACUGAGUCCAAAUGCAGAAACAAUACUGUGGAGCAGAACAUGAAGAUGUGGUCGGAGAUGAAAGCAGGGACAGAGCAGGGUCAGACGUGCUGUAUGAGAGCCAAGAUUGACAUGAACUCCAACAACGGCUGUAUGAGAGACCCCACCCUCUACCGCUGCAAGAACACUCCCCAUCCACGUACAGGAGGCACCUACAAAAUCUACCCAACAUACGACUUUGCCUGUCCCAUUGUGGACAGUUUGGAGGGUGUUACCCAUGCUCUUAGGACCACUGAGUACCACGAUCGUGAUGAGCAGUUCUACUGGAUAAUCGACGCUCUGCGCCUCCGGAAACCCUACAUCUGGGAGUAUGCCAGACUCAACCUCAACAACACUGUGCUGUCCAAGAGAAAGCUCACGUGGUUUGUUGACCAGGGAUAUGUAGAUGGAUGGGAUGACCCUCGCUUCCCAACUGUCCGAGGAGUCCUGAGGAGAGGAAUGACUGUGGAGGGUCUGAAACAGUUCAUUGCAGCCCAGGGUGGAUCGAGGUCAGUGGUGAACAUGGAAUGGGACAAGAUCUGGGCUUUCAAUAAGAAGGUCAUUGACCCAGUAGCUCCCAGGUACACAGCUCUGUCCAACUCCUAUGUGGUUCCAGUUUCUGUCCCAGAGGCUGCAGAGGAGAUGAAGGAAGUGGCAAAACAUCCGAAGAACACAGAGGUAGGACUGAAGGAAGUUUGGUAUGGACCUAGAGUUCUGGUUGAAGGGGCUGAUGCUGAGACUUUCACAGAGGGAGAGGUGGUCACUUUUAUCAACUGGGGCAACCUCAUCAUCACCAAGAUCAACAAAGGGGCUGAUGGUAAGGUUGUGUCCAUGGAGGCUCGUCUGAAUCUGGACAACAAAGACUACAAGAAGACAACAAAGAUCACAUGGCUGGCUGAAACAAACGGUGCUCCCCUUCUGCCUACCAUCUGCAUCAACUACCAGCCACUCAUCUCCAAAGCAGUCAUCACCAAAGACGAUGACUUCAAAGAGUACAUUAAUAAAAACAGCAAGCUGGAAGAGAAGAUGCUUGGGGAUCCUUGCCUGAAGAACCUGAAGAAAGGUGACAUCAUCCAGCUCCAGAGGCGGGGCUUCUAUAUCUGUGACCAGCCCUAUGAGCCAGUCAGUCCUAACAGCUGUAAGGAGAGUCCUUGUGUUCUGCUCUACAUCCCUGAUGGUCACACUAAGGAGAUGCCAACUGCUGGAUCCAAGGAGAAGGACAAGAGCAAGAGCCAGCCCCCCAGCAAGACACCUGCCACACCUACCAAGGCUGCUUUGACCUCUGCCCCGGCUCCACCCUCAACCUCAGCAACUAACCUGUUCUCAAGCAUUGUUGCACAAGGUGAAGCUGUCCGCCAGCUAAAGGCUGCCAAAGCUGCUAAGGAUGAAGUAGACAAAGCAGUUCAGAAACUCCUCUCUCUAAAGGCGCAGUUUAAGCAGGAAACGGGUAUGGACUACAAACCAGGCAUGACUCCUCCCACCUCUGCCCCAGCCCCACCUACCUCAUCGGACUCCUGUCCAUACACUCGUGUUACCCAGCAGGGUGAGGUAGUCAGGAAGCUGAAAGCAGAGCAGGCACCUAAGGACCAGAUUGACGCUGCAGUGAAGCAGCUCCUCGCUCUCAAGGCAGAGUUUAAACAGCUGACCGGUCAGGAUUACAAACCGGGGAAGGCCACACCCACCUCCUCUGCUCCUUCUCCUGUGACCUCCUCCUCCUCUCCUUCUGCUUCUUCUCCUGCUGCUGCUUCUUUUUCGAGCCUGUAUGAGCGUGUUGCACAACAGGGGGAGGUCGUGAGGAAACUGAAGUCUGAAAAGGCCCCCAAGGACCAAGUUGAUGCAGCAGUGAAGCAGUUGCUUGCUCUGAAGGCAGAGUACAAACAGGUCACAGGCCAGGAGUACAAGCCUGGAGCAGUCCCAGCUCAGAAAGCACCUGCCCCAGUCCAGAACAGCCCCAGCCCUGCUCCUGCUGCCACUGGCCUCUAUGAGAAGGUCGCCGAGCAGGGAGAAGUGGUCAGGAAGCUCAAGACUGACAAAGCCCCUAAAGAUCAGGUAGAUGCAGCAGUGAAGCAACUGUUGGCUCUCAAGGCAGAAUACAAACAGCAGACUGGACAGGAUUACAAACCAGGACUACAGGCUCCAGCUAGCCCUGCCACAACCCCGGCCAGCACUGCCUCUGCCAAGUCCAGCUCUUCACCACAGGCCCAAGAUUUGUUCUCACAGGUGGCCCAACAGGGAGAACUGGUGAGGAAGCUGAAGUCUGAGAAGGCCCCCAAGGACCAGGUGGAUGAAGCUGUGAAGACUCUACUGGACCUGAAGAGCAAAUACAAGACUCUCACUGGUGAGGACUACAAACCAGUGACUGCUGCUGGAGCCACAGGAGGAGAAGACAAAAACCGCAAGGAGAGGGAGAACAAGUCUGAGAAACAGGGAGGAGGAGGAGGAAAAAAGGGUAAAGGAGACAAAGCUGGUCAAGGCAAGGAGUCAUCAGGAGGAGCAGGAGGCUCGGGAGAGGGUCAGGGGCCCAAGAAACAGACACGGUUGGGCUUGGAGGCCAAGAAAGAGGAAAACCUGGCUGACUGGUACUCUCAGGUCAUCACUAAAGCAGAGAUGAUUGAGUACUAUGAUGUUAGCGGCUGCUAUGUUCUCCGUCCGUGGGCCUUCUCCAUCUGGGAGGCUAUUAAAGAUUUCUUUGACAAGGAAAUUAAGAAACUGGGUGUGGAGAACUGCUACUUCCCUAUGUUUGUCUCUCAGGCUGCCUUGGAGAAGGAAAAGUCUCACAUUGCAGACUUUGCACCAGAGGUUGCCUGGGUGACCCGAUCAGGAAAGACUGAGCUGGCAGAGCCCAUUGCUGUGAGACCCACCAGCGAGACAGUCAUGUAUCCAGCCUACGCUAAAUGGGUCCAGUCCCACAGAGAUCUGCCAAUCAAACUCAACCAGUGGUGCAAUGUUGUGAGAUGGGAGUUCAAACACCCCCAACCCUUUCUGAGGACAAGAGAGUUCCUGUGGCAAGAGGGACAUACAGCCUUUGCCACAAAAGAGGAGGCGGCUGAGGAGGUGCUGCAGAUCCUGGAUUUGUACGCCAAGGUGUAUGAAGAGCUGAUGGCGAUCCCCGUGGUGAAAGGCAGGAAGACGGAGAAGGAGAAGUUCGCAGGAGGAGAUUACACAACCACUGUAGAGGCAUUCAUCUCUGCCAGCGGUCGAGCCAUCCAGGGUGCUACAUCCCACCAUCUGGGUCAGAACUUCUCCAGGAUGUUCGAGAUCGUGUUUGAAGAUCCCAAGAAGCCGGGUGAGAAGCAGCUGGCUUUCCAGAACUCCUGGGGAAUCACAACCAGGACCAUUGGUGUCCUCACCAUGGUACAUGGAGACAACAUGGGACUUGUACUGCCACCCAGGGUGGCUUGCCUGCAGAUUGUCAUCAUCCCAUGUGGGAUCACUGCAUCUCUGCCAGAGCAGGAGAAGGAGGCGCUGUUAGCCCAGUGCUCCAAAUAUCUGAGCAGGCUGCUGGAUGCUGGCAUCAGGGUGAAGACUGACAUCCGAGACAACUACUCCCCAGGGUGGAAGUUCAACCACUGGGAGCUCAAGGGAGUUCCUAUUCGCCUGGAGGUGGGCCCUAAAGACAUGCAGCAGCGCCAGUGUGUCGCAGUGAGGAGAGACUCUGGUGCAAAGGUGACAAUUCCAGAAGAUGAGGUAGAGAAGAAGCUGACCGCCAUGUUGGAGGACAUCCAGAACAGCCUGUUCAAGAAAGCUUCAGAUGACCUGAAGACCCACAUGGUGGCUGUAGACACGAUGGAACAGUUCCAGAAAGAGCUGGACCAGGGCAAGAUUGUCCAGAUCCCAUUUUGUGGAGGAAUUGAAUGCGAGGACUGGAUCAAGAAAACCACUGCCAAGGACCAGGACCUUGAGCCUGGAGCUCCAUCCAUGGGAGCCAAGAGCCUCUGUAUUCCCUUCUCUCCCCUGAAGACCCUGCAGCCUGGUCAGAUGUGCGUCAGCGGCAAGGAGCCUGCUCAGUACUACACUCUGUUUGGACGCAGCUACUAAAGAGCGACUCAUCUGGAGCAGCAGAAUGAACAUCUUAGUAGAAAAGGGCUUUCCCACCUUUCUUUUUACCUGUGUCUUUGUUUCUGAUCUUUUGUGGGUGUAUAUGUUACUGGGGGUGACUGAACUGCGGGAUACAGAAUGGGAAGAUGUUGGCAUUUUUUUGUUUUUUUUAACAUAUGUAACAGUAGUGUAUCUGAAAGGAAGUAAAAGCGGGAGAAACUAUCACUCUUUGAAUUCUGUUAUGAUCAGUUAUCUCCCCUAAAUGGCUUAUUACUCUCCCAAGGCCAUCUCAGAAGAGGUGCACAGGGAUAGAAAUUACCAACAGUCAGACAGGUUUGUCAAUAUCUGAUAUGUUAUCUCCUACAGUCCUAAAUAUUGCUACUAAAAUAGUAAUAGCAGCUGGUGGAUUUGGAAACCACUCUAAUAAUAUGUACCUUUUUAUAGCUCCCUACCUAAAAUCUGAAAUUUUAGGUAGAGCUGGGAAAUGGUGAGCACUCAUAAAAAGUACAGAUGGAAAAAAUCAGGAGGAAAAUUACUGUCUAUGUUUAUCUAUGGGAAAAGUACUCUUUGCCUUUUAAGAGUUUCAUCUCAUUUGCAGGCAGACCAUCUCAGGAACUCCACAGGUACUCAGGCUUGUAGUCCAGAUGUCAUUCUCACAGCUUUGUCAGCCUUGUUCUGUAUGGUUACAAUAUGUGGCUCACAGCUUCAUCCUUCAUAUCCACCAGAGCCAAAUGAUGUACAGCUGUGAUGAACUAUGUAUGUGGGUAAUAGCCAGUGAUGUAGCCUUCUGUCACUUCACUCCCAUGAAAGAACUCCACACAGUGUCUAUAAUAAAGUCAUUUCCAUUGCAAA